GAGCCCAGCACAACGCAGCGCAGCGCAGCGCAGCCGGGAGGCGGCGGCGAGCGGUCCUCCGCGCCGUCCUCCGCAGCAUCCGCUGGCCGUCCCGGACGGCCGCGCUGCGGGCCGCCAGCCGGCCUCGGCGAGAGGGAGAGAGGGAGGCCGCGAGGGAGGGCGCCCGCCGCUUCCCGCCGCGCCGCUGCCGGGCGCCGCUUCCCGCGGAGAACUGCGGCAGACGGAGGGUGUCCGCCGCCCCGCCAUGGCGUCUGCAAGGCAAGUGCUUUGUGUGUGUGCUUUGCUGUGCGUGCCGCGCGUUCGCUGCGAGCCCAUCCGCUACUCCGUAGCCGAGGAGGGGGAGAGCGGCUCCGUGGUGGCCAACGUGGCGGAGGACGCGGGGCUGACCCCGGCGCAGCUGUCGGCUCGCCGGGCACGCAUUGCCUCACCGGCCGGCCGGCAGCAAUUUCGCUUAGAGCGCGCCGCCGGCCGCCUCGUCCUGGCGGAGCGGCUCGAUCGCGAGGAGAUGUGCGGCCGCUCGCUUACCUGCACGCUCGCCUUCGAGCUCCUGCUCGAAAACCCGCUGCAGUUCUUUCGGGUCGAGGUGGCCGUGGAGGACGUCAACGACCACUCGCCGGUCUUUCCCGAGGAACGAGUCACUUUUCAGAUCCCGGAAACGAGUGACCCUGGCUCGCGAUUCCCUGUGGAGGCGGCUCAGGACCUGGACGUUGGCAGCAACAGCAUCCAGGCUUACAGCAUCGCUCCCGAGAAUGAGUACUUCAGUGUCUCUCCUCGGAUUAAAGGUGACAGUGACAUCUAUGUCGAACUUGUAUUGGAAAAGCCUCUAGACAGAGAGGAGCAGCCAGAGUUGCUUUUCAGUCUCAUUGCUACAGACGGUGGCUCUCCACCUAGGAGCGGGACCACCCAAAUCCACAUUGUAGUUCUGGACGCAAAUGACAAUGCUCCCAUCUUUACUCAGGAUGUGUAUGUUGGUCAAGUUUUGGAAAAUGCCCCAAUGGGUUCUGUGAUUCUCAGAACUAUAGCCACUGAUCCAGACAUGGGACAUAAUGGUGACAUCUCCUACGGGUUCAGCCAAGCAAUCAGUGCGAGCCACUUGCCUUUCACAAUCGAUGCCAUGAGUGGUGAAAUUCAUGUCACAAAACCCCUGGAUUUUGAGGUCACACAGAAAUAUGAGAUCCGAGUGCGAGCAACGGAUGGUGGGGGCCUCUCGGCACUCUGCAAGGUGUUGGUGGAGGUGGUGGAUGUGAACGAUAAUGCACCAGAGCUUAUGAUCAGUUCCUUCAGCAACCCCCUCCCGGAGAAUGCAGAGACUGGGACGGUGGUUGCCCUCUUUGCUGUGAGAGACCAGGAUUCUGGUGUGAAUGGGGAGAUCACCUGUGCCCUUGAAGACCAGCUCUCCUUCUCCCUGAGGCCAGCCUUUAAGAAUUACUAUGAGCUGGUGACAAUGAGCACAUUGGACAGGGAAGAGAGAGCUCUGUACCUUGUGGUUGUCACAGCGGCAGAUGCAGGGUCUCCUCCCCUCACCACUACGCAGACCUUCACGGUGGACAUCUCUGAUGUCAAUGACAAUGCCCCUGUCUUCAACCAGACAUCAUACACCAUGUAUGUGCGAGAGAACAAUAUCCCUGCAGUGCUUGUUGGGGCUGUCAGUGCAGUGGACUCAGAUGCAGGACCCAAUGCCAAGGUGAUCUAUUCCCUGAGGCCUGUGCACCCUGCAGAGCGGGACCCCUGCUCCUGCAUCUCCGUGAACUCAGAGAACGGACAUGUGUUUGUGCUGCGUCCACUGGACUAUGAGCAGGUGAGGCAGCUUGAGGUGCUGGUGAGUGCCACCGAUGCGGGGUCCCCUCCCCUCAGCACCAACGUCACUGUCCGCCUCCUCGUGGUGGACGAGAACGACAAUGCCCCACUGGUGUUGCACCCUGCACAGGACAGCAGCCCGCCAUCCAGUGAGCUGGUGCCAGCCUCGUCCGAGGUGGGGGACCUGGUCACCAAAGUGGUCGCCAUUGAUGCUGACUCUGGUCAGAACUCAUGGCUUUCCUUCCACCUUCUAAGGGCCACAGACCCCGGGCUGUUUACCGUGGGUACCCAAAAUGGGGAGGUGCGGCUGAGGAGGCCAGUGACAGAAAGGGAUGCCAUGAAGCAGAAGCUCGAGGUGCUGGUGCGUGACAAUGGGAGGCCACCACUGUCGGCCACUGCAGCACUGAGCAUACUCCUGCUCAACGGCCUCUCACAGGAACACCUGCCACAGCAGGAGGUGGCUGUGCAGGAUGAAGACAGCUCCCUGACAAUCUUUUUAAUCAUUUCACUGGUCUUUGUCUCCCUCCUCUUCCUCACAUCUGUCGCAGCCUUUGUUGCUUGCAAGGUGUGCAAGAGAAAGGAGCUGAAAGGAGGGCACGUGCUGUAUGGCACAGGCAACUUGCAGAGCAGUCUGGCUGAUGGGGCUGCUGCUGGGACCCUGCCCCACACCUAUUGCUACGAGAUCAACCUGACCACGGGCUCAGGCAACAGCGAGUUCAAGUACCUGAAACCCAUCCUGCCCAGCCUGCUGCCAGAGCACUCUGGCACAGGCAGGGGUGUUGAUGACCCAGAGCAUUUCCGACCUGUGCGUAGCUCCAUGGGGGAUGCCACCCUGGACAGUCCUGGGACAGAAUCUAUGGGACAGUUCAAUGGGUUUUCGUUUGACUAGCUGCAAGUUCACCCAGCCAAAGGCUUCAUGCCUUGUAGCUGGAAGGGAUCUGGCUUAUGAAACACUGUCUUGUUUCCUGGAAAUAAAUCUGAUCUUAUAAUUGGCUGCAUGAACAACCAUCUAACACUAAGGCAGAUGUAUGUUUUUCUUCACCCCUCUAAAAAUAUUAGAAAUUAAAAAAAAAAAGAAAAAAGAAAGAAAAAAGAAAACUAAGGCCUUUCUUCUUCAGGCAAUGAUAUGUUUCAGCUCUGCUAAUGGCUUUUCAAAUCUGCUCCAUGAGUAAGGUUUGAUCCAGGCUCCUUGGCUAAGUGCUUGUUAUUAGAAAAGACCUCAGAUCUCACCCUGUUUUAUUCUGUGCUGAAACACAAUGUUGUGGUUGGGCAGAUGACAGUGCAGUAUAGCCCUCCUCCCUUGUCUGUGGGGAAGAAAGGUGUUAGCCCUGUGUUUCACUGUAAUGCAAGUGCUACUCUCUUUCUUUGCUGAGUCCCAGAUCUGUCUGUGUGAGAUAUGUCAUCACCAUGUGCUUUUGCACUGCAUUGUCUUCCACCUUGGUUGGCAAGAAGCAUAUUUUUUAUUGAGUUUUGCCGUCUCAUCUUCUCCAUGGCAUAGUGAAAACAUGCAGAGCCAGACUUUGCAGUUGUCCAUCUGCUUGGGAUUGACUCAAAACUAUAGCAGCACUAAAAUUCCACCAUAGACUCUAAUUAUACAGAACUUUGACUUUGAUCAUUGUGUUUGGGUGGAUAGCAGGGCAUCUUGACACGUUGCCUCAGAGGACCUUUGUCUACAGGUAGAACCAAGAUAGAUUUUAAAAGUAGAAUCCAGUUUGGUGUUGUUGUUUUCAUUCCUGCUUGCUGGGAUUCCUCAAUGAGAGUCGAGAGCUAUCAUGGUAUGGUUUUCCAGAUUUUUGUUAGAAUGCUUACAUUUUCCUUUUUUCCCCUUCUCCUUUGGCUGUAUGUUUAAGCAUUGUCUACUAAUUCCCCUUAAGAAGGACUGACACCCAACCUAUAACAACGGGUUGUUGGAAAGAAGUUGUUAUUGGACUGGAUAUUUAAACACCCUCAUGUUAUGUUGUGCUGCAUUAUACACUGUAUCAUUUUUAAUCCAGGAUACCCUUG